AUGAACGCGAGAUGGACGUCUGAAUCGAAGCCGUCAUGGCCCCGUUUCUAUUGAUCCUGCCGUUGCUGGCAUCGCUGCGCUACCUGAUACAGCCGAUCGAUGGCGCAAUUGAACGAGGCGGUUCGACAAAAGAGACCGACCCAGUUGACUCUCGUGCGAGGCCGAAAUUCAUCAAGGAUGUUUUAGCGCAAACCGGUGGAAACGCGCUGCUGCCCUGCCAAUUCAACAGUCCUGGAAUAGUAACGUGGAUCAGGAGAAAAGACAGACAACUGCUUACAGUAGGUAGAAGCACACAUUCUAUAGACACGCGUUUCGUUGUCUCAAACGGUCCUGGCUGGAAUCUACUGAUUAAAAACGUGAAUCACGAAGAUGCAGGUCUUUACGAAUGUCAGAUUCAGACGGAACCAAUGCAGCAGCGAUUCAUACGAUUGAACAUCACGGAGGCGUACUCGGUGAUACCGGGUGGACCGGAUCUCCACGUGAAGCAGGGUUCCAGCCUGCGUUUGGAGUGCCAGUUGAUGGCAGCCGCAGAAUCGCCCAGCUACGUGUUCUGGUAUCGCGAGACGCGCAUGAUAAACUACGACAACGAGCCCGGCGUUCGAUUCGAGCUUAAGAGAAACGGCUCCGUAUUCGUCGUGGAGAAGGUGAAGCUCUCGCAUGGUGCGAAUUACACGUGUUCGCCGAACAACGCCAGACCAGCUCACAUCGUGCUACAUGUCAUCGAAGAGGAAGAGAAACCGGCGGCCAUGCAUGGAGGCGAUCGACGAAAUUCCACGGCGACUACAUCAACCAACACCAUACUGACUCUCGUGGCUCUCCUGAUUAUCGAAAAUGUAAGACGAUAUUUCCAGAUUCUCAUCUGCCACGCCACGUGACUAUUGUAAACCGACAUUUUUGCAAAGUCAAAGUUCGUUGGAAGAAGUUGAAACACUUUGAAUUUUUUUUCUUUUCUAGACUCGAUUCUAGACAUCUUAUCGAACUCAUGUAUCGAAAAAUCACAUUACCUUUAGUUCAUCUCAGAUCUCGCGAGCUGAAACUCUCUGACGAUGAAAUCCAAACGCUCGUGAAAGAAGAUGUGACAGAUUCCGCGUGGGAUCAAAGAAAAACCUAUUUGCGAGUAAACUUAAAGCGAGAGAUUCAACUGCAGACAGUUUUCCGAGAAUCUCUGUAUCCCCAGUGGCGAAAUCUAAGGAGAACUACAAAGUUUCACGUAAUCAUGUAACUUUCGUUUAAAGAAACGUCUUAUCCAAGUGACACUACUUGAUAGAAACUCUGCUUCAACUCGUAACGAGUGAAUAAUAUUCGUGGAAUGAGAUUUGGCCGUCUUUCGACGUGGACGAAUUUGCUCGCGAACUUCAAGAACCAAGUUGUUACCUCGUGUCGUUGGUCAUCAUAAACUCUCGCGUAUUGAAACAGAAGUUU